CGUCAUAUUUAGGUCAAAGGUGAGAUAGGUGUGGGUCGCCUUCUCCCAUCACAGCACAGAUCAUUGUUGGAGUGGGCUGUUGUCGAAACAUGUUCUUUGGUGUUCCAAUCUACAUUGCCAUGCUUACAAGAUACCUGUACAUAUACUUUUUCCUCUGUAUAUGCCUCCUCUACCAAGCGGCUUCAAUCUUCAAACUCUGCCUCAUUGUAGAGUUUGAAAAGAUGAUGGAGUUAGACCAGGAGGGAUUGAAGCGUGGUUCCUACUUUACAGUAACUAUCAUGAGUGGAAUAAUCUAUUCGGUAUUCUACUUUAUAAACAUACACAGAGGUUCUUUUCAAGAAACAGAGGCCUAUUUCAGCAACUGUACCCCUGAGGGUGAUGAUUACUGCACAAUAUUCAACAUGACCAUAUUCCUUCUAAAUCUAGCAGUAUUCCUUAUAUCUAACCUCAUCAUUAGAUGCUAUUCCAACCAUCAAGAUGGACUCAACUUCUCCUGCCAGCAAUAUGUUCAAUGCUCAUUAAGUAAAACCAUUACAAUUGGAAGUCUAGUAGUCCUAGGGUUUAUUGGUUUGAUAGUACUGCUAAACAACAAGCCAUCUGUAGAGUUAUAUGGAAAUAUCUCCCUCUAUAUGUCCUUCAGCUUUCCAGUUGCUGGACUCCUGUUACAUGUAGUGAAGGAGAAAGAAUUCACCUUGCCCUAUGUGAAGUCACAAAUUCUAAGGAUUCAAACCCUUAUUGGGUGCAUGCCUACUCAAGUAGUCCCUGAGCCACCAAUUCAAUUAGUGGCAAAUCCAAACACACUACGCAUAAAUGUUCAAUCAAUCAAUCCUCAAGAUGAUGGUGGCAUUUUUGUGGGAUAAAUAGACAGUGGCAGAUACAACUUUAAUUUCAUCACUUUUUCAGUGAAUUAAGUCUAAGCCUUCAUUGCAUUAUAAAGUGUAACAGAAAUUUCUAAAAACCUUACAAACAUUUAUUAGUGGCAUAAGCAUACUGUGAAUGAAUAUUGAAUAUGAAAACUAUACUGAAUGGACACUGGACUACAGAAAGAUCUUUCUGGUGAAACAAGCAUGUUGAAAUUUUAAAAUGCUUAUGCUAGGAUUACAAAAAUGUGAGUUGGUGAAUUAAAUUUCUAAGGCUUAGAGGUAG